ACCUCGAGGUACUCCUCUUUUUCGUAUUAAAAACCUCAAAAUGGCUACAAGAAGUACGUGACCUUGAUGCUCUGGCAUGCUCUGGUGGUCCAGGUGGAAGGAUUGGAUCUAGAGGAGAACAAAGCUGGCUCAGGGGCUUAUGGCUGUGUCUUUAGAGUGACGGUGAAUGGAAAAGACUGCAUUGCUAAGAAGCUCCACAACAUAUUGCUCCAAGAGCGAUCCCUUGGACAGAGGGAUUGUACAAAGUUUAGAAACGAAUGUCAUAUUCUGAGUGUUUUGCAUCACCCCAACAUAGUCGGUUUUGUUGGAGUCCAUUACGGCCGCGAUAAGAACGACAUCAGUCUAGUAAUGGAGAGGCUUCAUUCUGACUUGGCCAAAUUCGUUGAAACCCAUCGAGACACGAAUAUCGCCACUAGAAUCCAUAUCCUGUAUGAUGUAUUCAAGGGCCUUCACUAUCUCCACUCUCUGACCCUUCCCCUCAUCCACCGUGACCUCACUGCCCCCAACAUCCUGCUCACUGAGGACCUCACUGCCAAGAUCAGAGACCUAGGUGUCUCCAGGUAUGUUGAUCUGGAGAGAUUGACUCAUGUUCUGACAAAUAUCCCGGGAAAUCCAAGCUACAUGCCUCCCGAGUGUCAUGUGGAGCCGCCCACCUACACUACCAAGCUGGACAUCUUCUCAUUCGGUCAUCUGAUCAUUCACACAGUUAUCGGUGAUUUCCCUAAAGUCAAGAUUGUACCUCAUAGUAUUCGCAACUAUUUCAAGUCUAUCGGAGGAAAGGAGGAGCUCAUGCGUCGAAGCACUGCUGUCCAUGGUGACAAAAUGGGGGAUAAACACGCUCUUUAUCCUCUUGUUGUUAGCUGCCUCCACGACCGACCUCAACAGAGACCAUCAGUUGACGAAGUGAUUGUCUCACUCAGAAAGCUGUGUCUACAGCACCCCAGGAUGGCAUUUCUGGAUGCUUGUAAGACGGGUAAUGUGGGUGUGGUUCUGGAGCUACUGGAGUGUGGGGCUGAUCCCAACCAGGCAGACAAGGAUUGUGCUCUUUGCUGGGCCAGUGACAAUGGACAUGAUGAGAUAGUGAGGGUCCUCUUAGCAGCCAAGGCUACUGUCAACACUCAGAUCAAGUCGGGAGCAACCCCUCUUUGGGCAGCCAGUUUCGAAGGUCACCAGAAAAGUAUGGAGCUUCUAAUCGAUGCUGGGGCCAAUGUUGAUGUACCCAAUGAGGAUGGAUCCACUGCGUUGAUUGUAGCUGCUCAGAAUGGUCAUGUGAGGGCAGUGGAAUUGUUGAUAGCUGCAAAGGCUAAAGUUAACAUUCAAGCAAAGGUGAGAUUUACUUAUUGUCUGUUAGUAAUUAGUUGGAUGUGUACAGGAUGGAUGCAAAGGCUCAAGUUGACAUUCAAAAGAAGAAUGGUUGGACGGCAUUGCACAUGGCCAGUAAGAAUGGUCACUGUGGAGUUGUUAGAAUGUUGUUGGAGGCCAAGGCUGACGUCAAAAUCAAAACUAAUGCUGGGAGUACUGCCUAUGAUCUGGCUAGUAGGAAUGGACACACUCAAGUGUGUGAACUACUACACUGACUCUGUACCUUAUUAACUGUACUGUUACCAUGGCAGCUAGCCUCUGAUAGAUACGUAGAUUGGUUUACACUACAUCAUUUUGUCUUAUAAUUUUUGUGUCUACUGUUUCUCAACUAUUGCCAUGCAUUUCACCAUACAGUUACAUUCUCUUUGAUCAAGUACAAAA